UUCGUGCUUGACCUUUUGGGAUGUUUUGGGGGAAAUUCGAAUUCGGUUCAAAACAAUGGAUUUAACCUGAAAAUUUGACAGGCGCAGUCUAAGUGUUUGGACCGGGUGAAUGCUGUCUAAAUUGAGGAUACAAAGUUUAAUAAUUAUUCAAAGGAGCAUGUCCAAGAAGUCGGCUCAGAAAGGAAAGGGUGUCCCACCUCCGGUUGUUCGCAAUGAGUCCCUUCCCGUCUGUAUGGACAAGACCGGGAACAUAGCCAUAAAGAUCCUCGCAAAGCCGGGCGCCAAACAGAACGGAAUUACAGACAUCUCAAACGAAGGAGUCGGAGUCCAAAUAUCAGCGCCACCAGUUGAAGGCGAAGCCAACACCGAACUAGUUAAAUACCUUUCGAAAGUUUUGAACCUGCGAAAAAGUGAUGUAAGCUUAGACCGUGGUUCGAAGUCCCGGAAUAAAACCAUUCUUAUUAGUAAAGGAGUUACGACCACGGAUGCUGUAAUGGAAGCUUUGAAGAGGGAAGCAACGAAUAGUUGAUAAGUUAAAUUGCAAGUGAAAUAAAUGUCUUUUUUGUCCUGA